CUUCAAGGAUCCUGGGCCUAGGAGCAGAAGCAGGAAACCUCGGGCCGGGCGCCGGGUUCGGGUCGCUGUGCAUUCCGGAUGGCCGAGUUGGACCUGAUGGCCCCAGGGUCACUGCCCGGGAUCGCAGCUCACUCCCUGGUCACUCUCAGCCCAGACUCUGGGUCAGCCAGCCCAGCAGAAGAGGACAAGGGCUCCCUGGAGAGCCCCCAGGGAGAGGUAGAGGGGCCGGGCGCUGGCUCUCAGGAUGGUGGCGGUGGUGAGGAGGAGAUCCCCUGUGACUUCUGCCUGGGGACCCGGAGGGUGAGGGCGGUGAAGUCCUGCCUGACCUGCAUGCUGAACUACUGUGAGGAGCACCUGAGGCCGCACCAGGAGAACAGCAAGCUGCACAGCCACCAGCUGACUGAGCCGGUGAAGGACCGGGACCUGCCCACCUGCCCUGCCCACCACAGCCCGCUGGUCGCCUUCUGCCGCCCGGAUCGGCAGUGCAUCUGCCAGGAGUGUGGCCAGGACCAGCACAAGGGCCAUGCCUCAGUCUCCCUGGAUGUUGCCCGCAGGGACAAGGAGGCUGAGCUUCGGAGCACCCAAAUAGACCUGGAACGGAAACUCAAGUUGAAUGAAAACGCCAUUGCCAGGCUCCAAGCCAAUCAUAAAUCUGUUUUGGUGUCAGUGUCAGAGGUGAAGAUGGUGGCUGAGGAGCAGUUUGGGGAGCUCCUUGCUGCCGUGAGGAAGGCCCAGGCCGACGUGAUGCUCUUCCUGGAGGAGAAGGAGCAAGCCGCUCUGAGCCAGGCCAAUGGCAUCAAGACGCACCUGGAGCACAGCAGCGCGGAGAUGGAGAAGAGCAGGCAGGAGCUGGGCAGGAUCGCUGCCAUCAGCAACACCGUGCUGUUCCUGGAGGAGUACUGCAAGUUUAAGAACACCGAGGACAGUGCCUUCCCUAGCGUUUACAUAGGACUCAAGGACAAGCUCUCGGGCAUCCGCAAGGUCAUCACGGACUCCACCGUGCACCUAGUCCAGUUGCUGCACAGCUACAAGGAAAAGCUCCAGGAGUUCGCAAAGGACGAGAAAUAUGACAUCAGAACUCAAGUGUCAGCUGUGGUGGAGCGCAAGUAUCGGGCCUCAAAACCUGAGCCCAGCACCAGGCAACAGUUCCUCCAAUAUGCCUGUGACAUCGCGUUUGACCCUGACACAGCACACAGGUAUCUCCGGCUGCAGGAGGACAACCGCAAAGUCACCAACACUACACCCUGGGAGCAUCCCUACCCGGACCUCCCCAGCAGAUUCCUGCACUGGCGGCAGGUGCUGUCCCAGCAGAGCCUGUACCUGCACAGGUACUAUUUCGAGGUAGAGAUCUCUGGGGCAGGCACCUACGUUGGCCUGACCUGCAAAGGCAUCGACCGGAAAGGGGAGGAGCGCAACAGCUGUAUUUCAGGAAACAACUUCUCCUGGAGCCUGCACUGGAACGGGAAGGAGUUCUCGGCCUGGCACAGCGACACGGAGACCCCGCUCAAAGCCAGCCCUUUCCGGAGGCUGGGCAUCUACGUCAACUUCCCGGGAGGGAUGCUCUCCUUCUACGGCGUGGAGCCCGAUGCCAUGACUCUGGUUCACAGGUUUGACUGCAAUUUUUCAGAGCCAGUCUACCCAGCCUUCUGGCUUUCCAAGAAGGAAGACACCGUCCGCAUUGUGGAUCUGGGAGAGGAGCCUGAGAAGCCUGCACCGGCCUCAGUGGAGGCUGCUCCUUAGACUCUGCAUCCACAUUCCAGACUUUUGCUGAUGGCAGGGCAGCACCUUGCACUCUGGGGGCAGAAAUCUCUGCCAGGGGUAGCUGGCUUUAGAAACAUGUGGGUCAGUGAAUGAGGACAAGAGUCCGUGGCUUCUCCCUUUUGCUCUAUGCUGUGCUGUUCUUCGAGUCAUGUUCAGGUGAAAGUCCCUUUUGAGUGAUACUCUAGUCUCCCAUCUUUGAGUGACAUUCUCCUGUCUGUCAGGUGAACGGCACAUUGUACCUAGAACUGGUAACCAGGAAUCUUCAGGGAGAUUAAAAAAAAAAAAAUCACAGAGUAAUCACAAUAAAUCGCUAAGUUUAUCACGCAUUUCCUAGGUCCCAGACACUGUUUUGAGUGCUUCCUGUGCAUCAACUCCGUGACCCUCAUACAAUCCCAUGGGUGGAUGCUCAUAUCAGCCGCAAUCUGCAGAUGGGGAAACUAUGGUCCAGGGGGGAUAGUUCACUUGCUCAAGGUCACUUCGGUCACAUGCUGAGUAAGUGACAGAGCUGGGGUUCAGAGUUGAAGGGAUGACACUGAACUUUUAACCGCUAUACCGUGCUGCCUUCCUCACUAGAUUGGGGGUGUUGUGUAUAACGAAGUAAACUACAUGAUGACCUGUUUACAUGGCAACAGAGCAUCCUAAACCCUCCUCUCAGAGUUUGCAAAUCUCUUUGCAGCCCCCACCUCUGACGGGACUCUGUAGCUGUGCUGCAGCAGAGGGCUCACUCGCACGUUUUUGGGACAGCAAGGAUGAUAAGAAGUGUGUUAGUCUAAGACCCCAUGACUUCUGGGCAAGGGGCUCAUUCCUUUUGAAGUCACCUGGAGUGUGUGGACUUGUGAUUUCUCUUUCAAAGGACAGUUCUUCAAGUAUUUAAGGGUGGCUCUCACAACACAUCCUCCCAAGAAGUUCUUCCCACUGUAUUCCCCACUUUUCUUGUUUUCACACUUUAUUUCCCAUUUUCCUUCAUGGUUUCCAGGUCUUUCGUUCCCCUAGUAUUUCAUCCUCCUUUCCACAGAUGUGGAAAUCCCUAAGAUUUAUGGCAAACAUUCACAUUUUUAUUUAGGCAAAUGACAAACUAUUUUUAAAUUAAUUUCUGAGAUAUAACUGGAAGCCCCUGUAGGAAAUAUAACUUCUGGUUCUGUGUCAAAGCAAAACCUGUUCACCUGGCUGCUGAUCCCCUGGAAAAGAGGUAGGCGAGGAAAGAAAACAAAAAUGUGAUAUUGUGAUUUAUAAUAAGAAAUAGGUACUUGGUCUCUGACCCCCGCCCCCUGCCACUGCCCCUGUUCCUGGCACAGAGCUCCUGAAACCCUUGUAAAUUCCUAAGUGAUAAGAGCACUAAGAGCAUCUCUUGUUCUGUUUGUCUUGUCGUUGACCAGUCUGAUGUUCCUAUCUGAAGAGUACAUUGUUACAGUAUCACUUGACUUGUUUCCAGAGACCCUGAACUAUUAUUUGUAUCUGAGAAUAUAAGUGGCGUAGGAUUUGGCAUCUUUACUGAAUUAUUUUUUUAAUUGAUUUUUUACAGAGGGAGGGAGAGGGAUAGAGAGUUAGAAACAUCGAUGAGAGAAAAACAUCAAUCAGCUGCCUCCUGCACACCCCCUACUGGGGAUGUGCCUGCAACCAAGGUACAUGCCCUUGACUGGAAUCAAACUCGAGACCCUUCAGUCCGCAGGCUGACGCUCUAUCCACUGAGCCAAACCAGUCAGGGCUCUUUACUGAAUUCUUAAAAAUUUGAAUUCUAUUGAAUUAUUUUUUUACUUGAAUUUUAAAUUUCAUCACAUUAUUGCUGCUUGCUGAGAUGGUUUUGAUUAAUCAUUCUAUUUCCAAUAUAUUAGCUCUCCUUCCUAGCCUAGAGUCACCUAUACAAUUGUUAACUUUUUCUUCUUAAGUCUUGAUCUUGCUGAUACCUACAUUGUUUAGGGUAGGGCCAAAUACAGAAUCCUGCAGCACGCAGUCAACACUCUUUGGGUUUAAUUAAUCAAUAAGUUAUGCAUCGGUAGAACUUUUGCCCCUUUGUCCACUGGACCCAAAGAAGACCCCUUUUCAGUGGCAGAGAUCAAGAUAAGCAUUCGUUGCUGCAUUCCUAUGUCUGCAGUCCUUGCUGCUCCUGUCUAACUAUCCCCUCAAAAGAGAAAAUGAGAUCCACUUGGCCUGCUUUGUUUUUACUGAGCUCCUGUGGGCUGGUGGUCUUGUCACUUUCUUUUCUAAAUGCUCACCAAAUAUUUAAUAAACCAUUUAAGAAUUCUGCCAUGGGCUAACAUCAUUUACUAGUCUGUUGUUUCCAGAAUCUACCUUAUUUUUCUUUUUAAAAAUCAAAACAAUUUUCCUGUUCCCACCUUCUACCAUUCUCCUUAAUUUCUCAAACAAUAAAGCCUAGUGUUUAGUCACAUUGACAAGGUGUGUCUGUCAUGAGAUGUAACCUGUUCAGACCAGAAUACUUGGCUCAGAUGAAAGGGACCCUUUUGGUGUCUCCUCACCUGUUGUGAACGUUGUUCCCUGUCAGCUCUUUUCAUCUGUUCUCAGUUUCAAGACUUUUCUUCUUGAUAUAAAAGAUCAAAGCAAAAUUGAGAGUUGGAGAUAUUUGCUUUCUUUCUGUUAUUGCCUCAACUGAGGCUUUUUUCUUUUCUUUUUCUUGGCCCCCAAACUGAAAAUUGCCUAAAACACACAAACUUUUUUGAAAGAAAAUAAAGACCUAUUUUAUAUUCUUGGUCUUUUCCCCAGCUGUGUGUGUCAUUCUUCUGUAUUUACCCACCUUUAUUUCCUCAUUAUGUAGACUCAUUCUGGAACGAAAAACAAACAAAAACUGAAUUCAUCAAGAGCUCCUCUUGGUGCCAGAUUAUUUGGUUCCAUUACCAGGUCAUUUUGGAUUGGAAAGUCAGAAUGCGAUUUUAGCCACUACAUAAAUGUAUUCUAUGUCAACUCUUUUUCUUUUAAAUAUAUAUAUUUUUUAUUUU